CUGCGCCGAUCUCUCGAGUAAUUUUAUUAGAUUAAGUUAGUUACUCGAUCAACCGCGUCCUACGAAAUCACCCCAUUGACUCUAUCCCCCCACUCGAGUACCCUAAAUAAAUCUUGCUGUGCCUCAGUCCUUGUCAGAACAUGAGCCCUGUCAGUUAGUAAACAAACCAUUUCAGUAUCGCGAAAAUGUCGUCCUGGCUGCCAUCCCUCCUUCUCUUUGGCAAUCUAGCGAUUGCGUCUUCUAUAUCUACCGUUCAUAUACCCUUGAACCGUUCGUCCAGGAUCCUGAGGCGUGAUUUGUAUGGUUAUUCAAUUGAGCCUGUGUCUCUUGCCCCGUACCUCCAAAAUGACCUGGCGGCGAAUUUACUGGGACACGUCGCCGAGAUAGCUGGAGUACCCGCGCCAAUCCGAGUCGGAGGCAAUAUCGCCGACCAGACAUUAUUCGAUCCGACAUUGGGAGUGCCGUCGGAAGCACUGCCGAAUGAUACCACGGUAGAGGUGCUACGCAUCCGUCGGGAUUGGUUCAAUGGUUGGAAAGAAUAUUUCCCAGCAGGAACGGACAUUCUAUACACACUGAAUCUGCGCAAUGAGACGCAUUCGUGGAUUAACGCCAUGCAGGAAGCCCAAGCCGCGAUGGAGGCGCUGGGAGAUUCCCUAUCCCACUUCGAGCUGGGCAAUGAAAUAGAUCACUAUAUCAACAAAGGCUGGCGGGGGGAGGACUGGGACACGAAGGAAUAUACGAAGCAGUGGCGACGUUUGACUGGUCAAAUUCUGUCCGCCAAGUUCUAUAAGAAUGCCACGCACAAGCCCCUGUUCCAAGCGGCCGUCUUUGCAGACCCUCCCAUGGUCCCUGAUCAACAUGAUGAGAUAGACGACUUUGACAUCGUUAACGUCACCCGCGCAGGGCUGGUUGACCCUAAGAUCAUCGAGAGCUAUGCGGUGCAUCUCUACCCCCAAUCAACUUGUGAUGCCGAGCGUUACGCGCGUCUUUCAUUAAACUUGCUCUCCGACCACAACGUUAUCUGGAGGAACCUGUCUCAGUAUAUUCCACAAGAUGCAGCUGCCCGAGCGGCAGGCAGCAGACUGGUUCUAGGCGAAACCAACUCAGCCUCCUGUAGUGGGAAAAGCGGGAUUAGCGACACGUUUGGAGCCGCCCUUUGGGCCACCGAUUAUGUGUUAACGGCCGCGAGUAUUGGCAUCGAGCAAACUUACUUCCACCUCGGUCACCAGAGCGAAUAUUCUGCUUUCACGCCUCUUCCGUAUGCAUACAAGGGCGAGAAUCUCACGGCGGGUGUCCGGGCCAACUUCUUCUCGCAUAUCUUCCUCGCGCAUGUCAUCUCCGGCAGGGAGGCAGACUCGUGGAAGAUCAGUGCGUUACCCACUGCGAAUGCAUCGGACUUUAGCGGAUAUGCUAUCUCCAGCGAUACCGCGGAGUCCAACCUCGCGAAACUUGUCUUCAUCGAUUUGGGCGUGUGGAACUCGACAGUCGGGGCCCAUAACCCAUCCACCCUGGCCGCAACAGACGCCACUUUUGCUUCCCCUGGGGACCGACCGCAACGAACCGUGGAGGUGCAUACGUCAUGGCGCCCAGGAACGAGGAUAGAGAUUCUCCGACUACAGGGCCCAGGAACCAAUGCGAAGAGUGGGGUGAGCGUGUCGGGAGUUGGCAUCGAUUCAGCGACGGGUAACCUGGUAGGCCAGGAGAAGAUCGAGCAAGGCAUUGUCAAAGAAGGUGGCAUUGUUCGCUGUGAGCUUUCUCAGGCCGAAGCUAUCCUCAUCCAGAAGCCUUCGAAUUGAAUGCUGUGCUCAGUCUGGGAAUAGCGGCAUGGCCUCCCUUGAUUCACGAAAUGCCAG